AUGUUCCAAUGUCCAAAAUGCCAAAGGACCUUCGCGGUGAGGAAAAGUUUGUUGAGACACUGUAGAGCGAGGUGCAGCCAGGAUGAGGAGCCCGCAUCCAAGCGUCCAUGUAAUGCAACCGCUCCACGCAGCACUGCAGACAAGUGGGAAUGUCCUCGAUGCCGGCAAAAAUUCUCGGCACGAAAAGGUUUACUGCGACAUGGUAGAGAGGUCUGCACAAGCGAGAAGAGUCCACCCGAACAACAACGUGUAGAAGCUAGCAUCACCCAGACCACCACAGGACUCAAUACCAGACGACUGGAUCCUUCAACAGCCAACGUUGCAAUACCGGGACCGAGUCGAAUGAGUCCAACCACCAGUAACGACUCACAGACGAGUGCGGAAAGCAGAACAAUUCGCUGUGAUAGUUGCAACUGUGAGGUACCGAGGAAUGCACAUGCAGCACAUCUGAAAAGCAUCAAACAUAAGGCACAUCUAUGGACACCUUUACACAAUAAUGUGUCACACCAAUAUAGUAAUAAGGUGUCUUUAGCAUACACGGACACUGAUUCGUUAAUAGUACAUGUUGAAACCGAUAAUUUCUAUGAAGACAUGAAAUCACACGUGCAUUACUUUGACACAUCCAAUUAUGAUGCUGACAACCCACAUAACAUGCCUCGAACAGCGUCAGAGUUGGGUAAGAUGAAAGACGAAUAUGGUGGCAAGGUACUGUCUGCCUUUUAUGGUACAGGUCCCAAAGCAUACUGUAUCGAUGCUGUAGAUCAAGUGGCUAAACGAGCUAAAGUUUUAAAGAUGAGUACCAAGACAUACUAUUCACUGUUCAUGCAAUUAUGUCAUGUAACUGAAGAGGUGUUGAAAAAACAUCCGACAGUUUGUGUCUCAAAAUCCAGAAAAACGAGAAUUUCCAGUGCUGAGUUUUGUACUGGAGGAAAUUACAGUACCGACGAAGUAUUCAACUGGAUUGCAAAUGCAGAUAGUUGCCACCCCGAUGUGCUUUCCAGUGUAAUAACAAGAAAGAAAUAUCUUGACUGGGUGGUACAGGAAACGCUGCAAAGUCUAAAGGAUACAGGUUGUGAGGUUUUAAGCAUCAAAGAAUUUGGAGACCUGCUGACGAACAUGCACUCCACACCAUCAGCAUAUGAACAAUACUAUUUCUGAGUUCCAGGAUGUAACAACCAAGCACAUCGAUGUGCGAGACUUCAUUAUGCACACAUCUCUGAUUUGCCGCAUUCGGAGAACAUCAGGACUGCUAUGGAGCUGGCAUACCAAUAUCCAAACUUGAAAGAAUUCAACAAGGCUCCAACACUGAACUUUUAUUCAAAUUACUUAUCCUAA